AUGAGUAUGGCAUUGACUGAGUUCUAUUAUACACAUUUAUUGCAACCAAAUAUCUCUAAUCAUCUUAUUUCAUUAUGUGUCUCAGAUACAUUAGCUAUUGAUAAUGGUUUAUGGUUAGCAUCACAUUUAUCUAUAUUCAUCAAUCUUCGUCAUUUAUCUUUAAUUGACAUCAAACGUUCUUCUUUUGAAUUAAUUCUCAACGCAUGCUCACCCAAUACAUCUCUCGUCAUGUUUAGCGUGCAUUUUCCAACUUUCUUUCGUGCUGCUUCUACAUUUGAAGGUGUACCUGAAGGUGCAUAUUAUGAACGAAUCUUUCACUUAUUUCCUUUGUUACGUGUAUGUCAUCUUCGUUUCUGGCGUCAUAUACAGAGUACUCUAGAUCAUCAAAUACUUCUACCACUUGGUAAAGCUUUCAUGCCGAUUCAAACAAGUCUUUUAAACGUGCAAUCAAUUACACUUCGAGAUUGCUCACCAGACUUUCUUUCACAUUUACUUGAACAUCUUCCUCAAUUACAAGAGCUCAGCUUUAAUCUAAGUACUUCUUGGCUACCUGCUCAACAUCCAUUAAUGAAUGGCGAUAACAAGUAAGUUUCUUUUCUUAAACUUAGAAUAAAAAAUAUGACAUGUGUAAAUGCAUUCAAUCAUAUUAUCAUAAUAGAUUAUAGUUGAAAGUGAAUCAUGUUUGAAUUGAUAACAUACGUUUUGAGUAAAUCUUGUUUUAGUUGACUGUAAAGUAUUUAAUUGAGAGAGACGAUUUAUAGAUAUCCGUCAAAAAUAUGAAAUUCCAUGUGCAGCUGUAGAUUGAUGUAUGUAAUAAAAAUGAGCAACAUCUUUUAUUUCCGAUGAGAUUAAUACAAUAUUCAGAGAUGAAGGAUUUCGAAUAAGACGAAAAACUAUAAAAAUGAAAGUACUUUACGAUAAAGGAUAAUUACAUUGGAAAGAAACAAUUUGUCAUCAAAUGAGUUCAGAAUAACUAUGAGGAUGUACUGGUAAUAGUUUUGAAUCAUUUUUUAUGGUUCUACUAAUAAAUUUGUUCGAAAUUCUAUUCCUAACUUUUUUCUCAACAAUAUAUUUUAUUAAACAUUAAUCAACGGAUAGAUACCAUAUGGAAAACAAUCAGAGAAAAAAGUCAUAGAAGAUAUUGUCGAUUUCAAAGAAACAACGUUUUCGAAAUAAACGUGAAUAGACGUGAUUAUAAAUGAUGAAAAUAGCUAAAUUUGAUAGGACGUUUGUUCUUUCUUGAUCUAUUUUAGUCGAAUUUCUGGUAUUGAUAAACAUUUGGCUCCCAACCUACGCUGUCUUAAAAUAACGUCGAAAUAUGAUACUCAUUCUGUGGCACCACUUGAUCGAUUAUUUGAGCGCGAUGUUUGGUUUUCACUAACAAACUUCAAAUUAUUAGGAUUGGUGACUGGUCCUCAUGUUAUUCACAACUUACUAUCGAUGCUUUCUGAUCAAUGUUUAUAUGUGUUGAUUGUGAAAUGGUAUGCGUGGCCUUCGAUCUCACUCUCGGACACAAGCGACAUUUUAUUAAAUACGUUCCGACAACUGAAAGGACGAGUACCAAUCGAACUUGAAUUAUCUUUAAAUGAAGACAAUUAUUCUAUUAGAGCUUUAACGAUACCACGAAUGGACAAGUGUUUAUCUGCUUAUGACUAUGUAAACAAAAACACUGUUCAAGGGUAUGUAUAAAUUUCUUUUUUUUUUUCUUACAACAAACGGUGUUUCUAAAUUUAGGCAAAGUCUCUGGCCAUAUACUGUGCCGGUCUUGAACAAUCGUGCGGCAUGCGUGAAUAAGAUCAUCAUGGAUAGCAUUCCCUCCCAAGACAACGAUGAAUUUCUGUCUUACUUACCAACUGUUAUUUCUUGGCAUCAAAUUACUUCACUAAGUAUUGAUGAUCCAUUCAACUUAGCUCAACUUCAUUUACUCUUUUUGCAAACUACUAAUCUACGUACUCUACAGCUGGAUUGUAGCUUAAAUCCUGAUUCAAAAGAUGAUUCGAAGAAGCAAAAUGUAAUCGAUCUUCUCAACGAUGCUUCUUUGUGCAAUAUUCUUAUGUCAAACGGAUUACAACGGCUCAAUCUUGAUAUGAAUUGGGAACAUCCAAAUAUGAUAGACAUUGCUGUUUUAAUUGUGAAGCGAUUGCCGCAUCUACAAGUCAUAGAGUUAGACUGUAAUAAUACUCAAGUACCUGAAACAUUAGAUAUACUUAUGAAGGGUCU